CAAAGCUGUGUCAGAAUGAAACUGAUCUUCACACCGUUUGCAUCAAAAGACAGCACAUCUGGAGGACAUCAGCUUCAUCUGCAGCUUCAUUCGCGGUUAUGUAGAAACAACAGUAGUAGUCCUCAAGGAUGAGCUUUCUCUUCUUACUGAUUUUCGGAGCAGAUGCACUUCUUCAGUGGAUUUGGGAAUUCAUAUAUGCGGAACGUCAUGUGCUCAUGUCACCCCACUUUAGCGUGUGCGCAGCUUUUGGCACUCACCUCAUCUUCUCUGCUCCCUUCAUGCUUCUGGACGUGUUCAGUCAACACUUGGGAUGUCUCCAUAAGUACAGGAUACGCCGUGAAGUCGUUGGCUUGCAUCAGUGGUUUCAAUGUGCUACUCGAAUUCUAUGGAAAUACGUGGUUGGCGUUUUACCAUUAACUGCGCUGGUUCUGUCGGUUCGGAGCACGCAUUUCCCGGAGACAGCACCUUCUUGUUUCCAUGCCUUUAGGGAAUGUGUAUCGUGCAUGCUCAUAUUCGAUACGCUCUUCUUCUUUUGCCAUUACACCAUUCACAAAAUUCCCUGGCUGUACCACAGCAUCCACCACAUUCACCAUCAGAACAGGAACACUUUUGCUCUGGCAGCUCAAGACUCAAGUAUUUCUGAACUGCUGUCUCUACAAACCCUUGCAUUUAUAAGUGUCAUGCUUGUGGGCUGCCACCCUUUUAGCGAAAUCCUUUUCCAUCUGGUUAACACCUGGAUGGCUGUGGAGGACCACUGUGGAUAUGACUUUCCUUGGGCACUGCAUCGGUUGUUGCCGUGCUUUGGCGGGGCGCCGCACCACCUGGCCCACCAUCAGCACUUUAAAGGGAACUUCGCCCCCUACUUCAGACACUGGGAUUACAUCUUUGGGACCUCAUUGCCCAUUUCAGUAAAUAAGAGAGGCCAUAUAUAGGGUGAAUCCAGGUUAAUCAGGCCAUUACAGGACAGUGAGAAUGAGACUAUUAAAAGUGUCCCAUUGUAUCUGAUUUCACCCUAUAUGAAUUCACAUAUAAUAACCCAGUUUUUGCCAAGAUUUUCAAAAUUUCUUACUGGAUUAAACCCAGUUAAGCCUGGGAACAUCAAGUUAAUUCUGUUUAUAAUAAUCAGUUAGCUUGGAUUCUUGACCUGAUUUUGUACUCAGCCUAAACUGUAUAGAAAUCUUAUGUACACCUUUUCAUGUUGUAUAUUUAUCAAGUGUUUAUUCAAGUUGUUUUGUUAAGGGCUGAUAACAUAACAUUUUUGUUCUUUUACAAAUGUUUCUGUAUACAAAUAUAAUUAUUG